CGCACAUUUGAGGUAAAUAUUUGCACCAAAACAUGAGGAAAUAGCCAUGCGUAAAAGUGGACCGGGCUUGAAUGUUGCGAUUUUUGGAGCUGUUAGUGGAUCCAUUAAAUGUUAGUAUGAGGCAAAACAGAGCCCUAAGACAAAGAUCAUUCAAAAAUAGAAUAAGUCUAUCUUUUUAAAGAGGUUGUAACAUUUGACUAUUGAAGCAGACUUUUUAAAAUAUGUUUCUAGGCGACAGACUACAAUUAUUGUGCGUUUUCCUCACUGAGACUCGGCCUUUUCUGAAAAGUUUGUCAGUUUCUUCUGUUAUUACUCACAAUUAAAUGCAAAAUAUCACAAAUGAAUUUACUAAUCUAAACGUUACAUUUUAAAAUACUUGUUUAUUGGUGUAAGGUUUCACAGACCAACAAAAUGUCGUUUUCCUGGGUUCGCCUUAUAUUCGCAUUCUGUUCACUAUACAUUUUAAAGACCCUGUCCUGUAUUUAUUUCGACUAAAUUUCAGUUUGGUCUUUAUCAUGUUGUUACUAACACAAGGCUGUAGCCUGUUGAAACAUUAGCCGCUACUUUGAACAUGACCCUGAUAACCAAAUGCCCACUGGGCCAAAUGCUACGUUGUAAAACCACCAAAUGAUGAUGACUAAGACAUUUCUUAAAGCAGACUUUAGAGAUAAGCUGGUUGUCUCCUUCCUCCAAUUCAGGCAUGUUAUCUAUGCACAGUUAUUCUGGUUUAGUUAAUGUUAUUGUCAGCUGGGGCUCGGACAAGUUAGCUUCCAGAAUCAUUUUAUGUUUCUCACGCAUUGCAUAUAUAACAAAAAAAAGGAAAACUAGAAAAGCUUAAAAUAUUUUUGCAGGGCAGAUUGAGGGUGGAAAAAGCACAGAACAUCUGGGAAAUUGAUAUUGAUAUUUUGGUUAAAGCUUCGAUUGAAAUCCCUCUUCUCUCUUAAAAAAAUCCAGCAUCAAAUUAUAGUUUUCUCUUCCUCUGGACUUCCUUGCAUGUUAAGGAAUUCAUUUUUAAGCCGACAUUGCGAUUAACCCAAUGUCAAGCCUCAGGACACAUAGCAGUCAUUUCUCUUACACUCCUAUACACACUCUCUUUCCUACACACACACACACACACACACACACACACACACACACACACACACACACACACACACACACACACACACACACACACACACACACACACACACACAACCACAAACACACAUACACAUACACACAGCCUGAAAAUCUGUCAAUUUCUGCCGCGUGGUCACGUGACCUCCUCCUCUGUGGAGUGGAUGGAGAUGGCUCUCCACGUCAGCUUACGUCUCCAAAUUUCUGCUUAGCGAACCUGCUUCAAAGAGGCAGGAGGCACGGCGCUUCAGAGCCAUGUUCAGGGCGGUUAUAGAGGAAUCAAACCCCAACAUAGAGUUAUAGUAGAGGGUGAACUACGAUGAUGGAUUUUGACGAAAGGGUCCCCGUCGGAUCGAACAUGUAUUUGCCCAGUUGCACUUAUUACGUCUCGGCGGGGGCUGAUUUCUCCGGUCUUCCCUCGUUUUUAUCCCAAACCCCGUCCACCCGCCCCAUGACAUACUCCUACUCCUCUAACCUGCCGCAGGUCCAACCCGUCAGGGAGGUGACGUUCAGGGACUAUGCAGCCAUUGACGCGUCCGGUAAAUGGCCGCACCGGGGGAACUUGCCCCAGUGCUACCCCAGCGCGGAAGACAUGGUGCACCGGGACUGUCUGUCUGCGCAAACGGCCGUCGUGGGGGACAUGUUCGGUAAAAACAGCCCAGCAGCAGCCGCCGCCGCCUACCACCACCACCACCACCACCACCACACAAGCGCCGGCUCUGCCGCCACCAAUUUCUACGGGAACGUGGGCAGGAAUGGCGUGCUGCCACAAGCCUUCGACCAGUUUUACGAGACGGCCUACGGGAACGCGUCGGAGAACUCCUCCACAAAUGGCUACUCAGGGGACAAAACCCCGACCAAGCAGCCCAGCUCUGCGCCGGAGGACGCGCCAUCGUGCAGGGAUACCGAGGCGAAGGAGCCGCGGGAUGAGACGAGCAGCCCGGAGUUAUCUUCCGGCAACAAUGAAGAGAAAUCCAGCAGCAGCAAUGGACAGAGGACCCGCAAGAAAAGGUGUCCUUAUUCCAAAUAUCAGAUCAGAGAACUUGAAAGAGAAUUCUUUUUCAGUGUGUACAUUAACAAGGAGAAGCGCAUGCAACUGUCUCGGAUGCUCAACCUCACCGACCGACAAGUGAAGAUUUGGUUUCAGAACCGUCGCAUGAAAGAGAAGAAACUGAACAGAGAUAGAUUACAAUAUUAUACAUCUAACCCUCUGCUUUAGGGGUCACAACAGCAAGCGUCACAGCUUCCAAAGUCCUCUGCUUGUGGGGACUGACUGCGUUUACAGACAGACUGACUCUCUCCGGCUGUGACUCUCCCAGUGUACAUUGUGUACCACAAUGGCCGCCGCGACAGCAGCAACAACACUGCUCAAUGGUUAAUUUCAAGGUCGAGGACAACAGUAUCCUGUGAUCUGAAUAACCUAAAGAGUGAACACGAAUUAAGGCUGCCCGUGGACUUUGAUUUCGCUCUUCAGACUCUGUUUUGGGAAAAUGUAGAAACGGAUUUUUUUGUCCUCGCCAAGGCUGUGUGUUCGCGAAGGCCCAUGUUAAUAUUAUUGUGACUCACAGGCGCCUUGUUUAUUUCCCUUUCAGGCGGGCAAAAAAAAAUUAGCAGUCACUAAUUGACUGACUCAGUGUAUUUUGUAAUCAAAAGAUUUAUUUUACUUUUUUCUGUUUUUAAAAUCAGAAAAGUGGUGAAUAUCGGAUGACGGCAAAUAUGUGACUUUAAUUACUGAAUCUAUAUUGGUGUGACCAAAUAAUGAGUCUGAACGGAUGAGAAUGUAAUGUGUUUCUGUUUUUGUGUGCUUAUUUAUUUUGUAGCCACUCGUUUACUCUCUCCUUUUAAUGCCACGGAUAACCAAGUCCAUUAUUACAGGCAGGCUGUUGGGAUUCCGUGUUCAGUCUGGGCUGACCUCAAAACGAGCUUUUAUCGUCUUUCCUGUAUAGCCUGAAGAAUGAGGGCUAUGAGUAUUUAUAUUUUGCGUAUCUUUCAAUUCCCAAGUCCAUGCUGUCCUUUUUGAUUUUGGAGACUAUCAGUCGAGUAUUGAUAAUGCAGGCCAAACCAGAGAGAUAAGCUUGUCUACUGGAUCCGUGUGGAGUUGCACUGAGGUACACGCCCAACACAUUCACACAGGUAUAUAUGCAGCAGGCCUCUUCGGUCUCAUAUUGAUACGCAUAACAGAAUAUUUUUCUCAUGACUCGUGAUCCUUUGGUACUUGCAGUCUAAAGAAGAUUUAAAAAAAAAAAAAAAAGCUACAUUUCCAAGUUUGCUGUCAGGGCAAGGCUGGUCAGGGUCAUCGCAUUGAAUCAAUUGCUUGGUAUGCCCAAACUAUUGUGUAUUAUACUAUAUUUCCAAAUAAAAAACAAAUGAAAAGAUUA